UAUUUACCGGCCAUUUUUUUGGCAACACCUCAAGAGAUCUGUGUGCCUUAGUAAUCAGUCAGAAUAUCAUCAUGUAUUCAAUAAUUUUGAACUUUUCCAAUGUUCAGAUGCCGCCACGUAAGGAACCCGAUCAUCCGGCUCCUACUCAGGCUACAGUGGUCGCCCAGUUCCGCGACUACCAUGCCGAAAAGUUCUCAGGGCAGGGAGAUCCACGCGUAGUUGACGAGUGGAUUCAGGGUAUGGAGUUUAUCUUCGAGUUAAUCCGUGAGAAGUACUAUCCCACAUACUACCGAGCAGAGAUGGAGCGUCAGUUUCUAUCGCUCCAGCAGGUUACUCGUACUGUUGACGAGUACGAGAGGGAGUUCACGAGACUUGCAGCUUUAGUUCCUGAUUUGGUCCGCUCGGAGGCCCAGCGAGCGCAGCGUUUCAUUGACGGGCUUUACCCAGCAGUCCGUCAUAACAUCGUGGGCCACGGGACACAGACAUAUGCACGUGCAGUCUCCAUUGCUCAGGAGGUGGAUGCUAGCCUUAGGAGGGAGGCAGUUCGUGGUCAGAUUCAUCCAUUCGUCCCUGCUCAGUCGUGUUCAGUUCCACCGAUGCCAGCUUUACCAUCUACCCAGCCGCCCAAGAACAACAAGAGGAAAGAUAAAGGUGCCCAGGCAGAUAAGAGGGCCCGACGGAGGCUACAGCAGAUUCCACAGUGCCCGACAUGUGGACGACUUCACCGAGGCGAGUGUCGCUUUGGUCAGGAUGUGUUCUACUAUUGUCACGAGGUCGGACACUUUGCGAACCGUUGUUCGAAGAAGGCGCAGCAGCCUCAGCAGCCUCAGCAGCCACAGCAGCCACCGCAGCAGCAGCAGCCCC